CGCGAGCUCCUUCGAGACACUCACGGUCUCCCAUUUCAUCUGAACGGUCGAGUUACGUAGCGAGGGAAGUGUUGCAGUGAACGGAGGGGGAAGAGUGAGGGAGAGGUUGAGAGAGAGAGGGAGACUGCAGCAUCAUUUGAGGGACGUUCACAUGCAGUGCAGUAGAACGUGCAGGUGAGGGGAGGAGGAGAAUGCGGGACUUUUUCCUCAAACACUUCACACACAUCCACUACGGACUCCGGAGGAAUUACUAAAGGCUUUUGUUGCUACUUCUCUAUCCCGCUCACCAUCUUUCCAUGAGUGGCUAAUUUACGUGCUUCGAGAAGUCGAACUGAAAAGCUUUUCUCUUUGUCAAGUUCACCGUAAAGGAAUCUAUGAGAGCUUGGCACGCGCGCAUAAGACUGCGGGGAAAGCUUUCCAAUUUUCCUCUUGCUGUUUUUUAAGGUAAGAGAACAAAAAAUAUCGGGAAGACUUUAUAAAAAGCACUUUUGCUUAUUCCCAGUCAGUAGCGCAAGCUCUGGGAUGCGAAUGUGAGAGCUGAAUUCACAGACAGAUCGCUUUUGUGUUCUACUGCAUUGCAGUUUAAAACAGUGAAAGCGCGAGAGGAGCUCGCGCUCCGCAGCAUCUCAAUGAGCCGGACAAAGUCAUUUAAACUGCUCAAAUCUGACUCCCGUUCACUCCUAAAAGGCACAAAGAAACAUUAUUGUCCGUAAAAGAGGUGUGAAGACUUAUCGUUAAUGCUGAGCUCCUCAAAAAAAAGUGGAUUAUUUAUUUUAUCGUGUUGAAAACCUGACCUGGGAACUAAAAAGACUGUUGGAUAAAAUAAGAUUUUGCCGAGGGAAGCGUUUAUAGAGAUUAAUCGUUGACGAGUCUGUCUUGGACCAGAGGAAGCUGCAGAUAGAGAGUGACAGAGAGAGAGAGAAAGAGAGAGAGAGUCAUGGGGAGCAGGAGCGUUGGCGCAGUGCACUCCGCGCGCUGCUACCUCGUGCUUAUUCUGCAGCUGCUGACUCAGCUCCCGCGCUCCAAUUCAGUGCUGCGCUACACCGUGGCGGAAGAGGGGCCGGCCGACGUGCACAUCGGGAACGUGGCUUCCAACCUGGGACUGUCCACCUCUGGGAUUGGGACCGGUGAUGUCACUUUCGCUUUGGAAUCUGGCUCUGAAUACUUCAAAAUUGACAACGUCACUGGAGAGCUUACUACAGGCAGCAAGAGGAUUGACAGAGAGAAGCUGCCGCAGUGUCAGAUGAUAUUUGACGAGAACGAGUGCUUUUUGAACUUUGAAGUGUCAGUCAUAGGUCCCCUGCAGAGUUGGGUGGAUCUGUUUGAUGGUCGUAUUGUAGUCACAGACAUCAAUGACAACACCCCCUCUUUCCCUUCACCAGUACUUACACUAUCUGUUGAGGAGAAUCGCCCAAUCGGCACACUCUAUCUCCUUCCCACAGCGACAGACCGUGAUUUUGGUCGCAAUGGCAUUGAUCGCUAUGAGCUUAUUCAGGACAGUAGAGAUGUGGGGUCAUCUUCACGGCGACCUGCGAAUGGACCAACUAAUGGGAAUGGUGGUGACCGAAGGAGAGGGUCAGAAACAGGGACAGGAACUGCCAGCAGGAGCAGCGUGUUUGAACUACAAGUGGCCGACACACCUGAAGGUCAGAAACAGCCUCAGCUGAUCGUGAAAGGGCCUCUGGACCGUGAAGCACGGGAUUCUUAUGAACUAGUGCUACGAGUUCGUGAUGGCGGCAACCCGCCCCGCUCUUCACAAGCUCUGUUACGUGUAUCCAUCACAGAUGUCAAUGACAACAGUCCACGUUUUGAAAGAGCCGUGUAUGAAGCAGAAAUGGCAGAAAAUGCCCCACCUGGCACACCUGUCCUGCAGGUGCGUGCCUCAGACCGUGACGUUGGCGUGAAUGGGCAGGUUGAGUAUGUGUUUGGAGCAGCGACAGAAUCAGUGCGGCGCCUCCUGAGGUUGGAUGAAGCAUCAGGUUGGCUGAGCGUUCUGCAUCGUAUAGACCGCGAGGAAGUUUCACAGCUACGUUUCACCAUCACAGCCCGCGACCGUGGCCAACCUCCUCGUACUGACCGCACUACAGUUGUUCUCAAUGUCAGGGAUGAAAAUGACAAUGUACCAAUAGUAGAAAUUCGAAAAAUUGGACGAAUCCUUGUUCGUGAUGGUGCUGCAAUGGUUCCAGAGAACGUGCUGGUGGACACUCCAGUAGCAUUAGUGCAGGUUUCAGACCGCGACCAAGGAGAGAAUGGUGCAGUUACCUGCACUGUGGUUGGAGAUGUACCAUUCACACUGAAACCGGCGGGUGAGACGGCCCUGGCACCUCCACCAGCCACAGACGAUGCCUUUGAACGAAACAAAAAGAAAUACUUUCUCCACACCUCAGCACUUUUGGAUUAUGAAGCUACUCGAGAGUAUAGUGUGACUAUUGUGGCAGUGGACUCCGGUAGCCCAAGCCUCUCGAGUAAUAGUUCCCUUCUGGUGCGUGUGGUGGACAUAAAUGACCAUGCUCCUACUUUUGCCCAAAGCUUAGUGGAAGUGCAUUUUGCAGAGAAUAAUGCCCCAGGAGAACGAGUGGUCACUGUAGUAGCGUCUGAUGCAGACAGUGGCAAGAAUGCAGAGAUUGCUUACUCACUGGACCCAUCUGUUAAUGGAGCUUUUUACAUUGAUGCUGAUAAUGGUGAUAUUCGUGCCACUGGACCACUAGAUAGAGAGCAGAGGGAACGCUAUGAAUUUCGUGUAAUAGCUCGAGAUAAAGGCACACCAUCUCUGCAGGGCUCUGCUACUGUCGUAGUCCAGGUUACGGACAGGAACGACAAUGCCCCCAAAUUUGUCCAAGAAGUCUUCACAUUCUAUGUCAAAGAGAACCUUCUCACCAAUAGCCCUGUCGGCAUGGUGACUGUUACCGAUGCAGAUGAAGGUGAGAAUGCAGAGCUGAGUCUUUUCGUUGAGCAUGAUGAAGAGGAGGGUGGAGAAGAGGGCAAAGAGGGAAAGCAAGAAGUUUUCUCCAUUGAAAAUAACACUGGAACCAUUUUUUCCUCUGCAUCAUUUGACCGUGAAAGACGUAGCGCAUACUCAUUCCGCGUGCGUGCCGUUGAUGGUGGAGAACCGCCACGAUCUGCCACUGCCACCGUCUCCCUGUUUGUCACUGAUGAAAAUGACAAUGCGCCAUCAAUCACAUCACCCGCUAAUGAAUCAUACACCCUCCUGCCACCCGCUAGUGGGGCUCGGACUGUAGUCCGCACAGUCACAGCCUCCGAUGGUGACACAGGGUCUAAUGCCGAUCUCCGCUAUGCUCUGGUAGGCGGAAACCCUUUUCAUCUGUUUGAGAUUGGCUCUAGUAGUGGGGUCAUAACCUUGGCAGAGCCCCUAGAGAGAAGACACAGGGGUCUGCACCGAUUGGUGGUCCGGGUCAAUGACAGUGGCGUGCCUUCCCUUUGUGCCACGGCACUGGUGCAUGUCUUCAUCAAUGAGAGCUUGGCCAAUGCUACGCUGGUGGAUGCACAGGUGGCCCGCAGCCUUGCAGUCCCCCUCUAUUUGGAUAUUGCAGGUGACCCAGACAGUGAGAGAGCUUUGGGUAAACAACGGCUGAGCGUUGCCAUCGGUGUCCUUGCUGGUGCUGCCGCAGUUAUUCUGGUGAUCCUUCUGGUUGUGACAGCUCGACAGUGUGGGGCUCAGGGUAAGAACGGCUAUGAGGCUGGGAAGAAGGAGCCAGAAGAGGACUUUUUCAGUCCACAGCCUCCCCCUCUACAAGCCCAGGGCUCCCAAAAUGAGCGUGGGCGCAAACCACGCAGAGACAAGCGUAAUAACGGUACUGCCAAAUCUGAGCGUUCUUUAUACAGUGGAAUUAUGACGGUGAAUGGUUGCAGACGUGGGGGAGGCGAUGAAGAAGAGGAGGAUGAAGAGGCCAGCAGUGCCAGCGAGAGGAUUGCAGCACGUUAUUGUGCAGCAGCUAAUGGAGACCCCAGCAGUCCAAGACUUGGCUCGAGACGUCAUCAAUCAAGCCCAGAUCUGGCUCGGCACUACAAGUCCAGCUCACCUUUGCCUGCAGUGCACCUUCAGCCCAACUCACCACCCGUGGAAGGCAAGAAGCACCAGGCUGUGCAGGAACUGCCCCCCACUAACACCUUCACUGGCAACAGCACCGGUAAUGCAGACGCCAUGUCACUCAGCUCAGACCAAUGCUCCGAUUACGGCUGCCAAACAGUCAAGUACAGCAAACAGCCCCUCAGAAGAGUGACAUUUUCGGUGGUGAGUCAGACUCCUGAUCAAGGCUGCUAUGAUAGUGGAGUGGAGGACUCUGAGACCCCCAGCAGCAAGAGCUCCUCUGGACCCAGACUGGGAGCUUUACCGCUGCCUGAAGACGGAUAUGAAAGGACGACACCAGAAGGGAGCGUAGGCGAGGAGGAGCAUGUUGAAAAUGACCCCAGGCAGCUCCCUGAUGUGGCUCUGACAGGAAAGUGCACACGAGAGUGUAAUGAGUUUGGUCACUCUGACACCUGCUGGAUGCCCGUGCAACCAUCGCCAAGGAGACGCAUGGACCCACCCCAACUCUCCACCUUCGCCUCGCCCGGUGAUACCAACAACAACACGGAAGACGACAGCGACCGGGAGGAAGACGGAGACGGGGCUACGGAUAAGAGCAGCGGAGGAAGCGAGGAGGUUGCAAACGGAGAUCCGCUCGGAACGCUCAGCCGCCGGGACCGGAACAGGAACAUGGGCGAUCACAACCGUAAUCUCCUGAACCGGAAAAUGACCUCGGCAUCCUACGACACAUUCAGCAGUGCCGGCUUUGGCCACCGUCCGGAUGAAGAGGACUCACACCCACCCGAGGUCAUUCCGCUUACGAGGACGGGGGGCGACUAUAAGACCACCUCGUGCCUCACUCUGUCUCGUAGGGAAGUGUACCUGUGAGCAGCUGCACGGGGCGGCCCAAAACAACUUCACUGCAUCGGAGCAGGAGGAUCAUUGAGAGACUAGCCUAUACCUGGUCAAAACAGGCAUCUUCUCCUUGCCAAAAAUUCAUCAUCAGUUCAUUACUCUAGAUGCAAAACAUCAAAGUUGAGGAGAAGCAGUGAAUCAUCUUUUAUUCUUUCAUAAACUUGCAUGUUAGGCCUCCCACAGACAGGGGGCGAUGUGGGGCUGAUGGGCUAAAUCCAGUCACGGACCACAUGAACGGAUGCUCAUUUAAUCUGAUCGUGACACAUCAUGAAAAUAAAACCACGUGGCAUCAUGAAAAGGAAAUCCUAGUCAAUCAUAGAGCGACAGCGUCAACUAAAUAUUAAUCUAACUAGUUUCCUGUCGCUGAGCCAGUAUGCUUAUUUAAUUACAGUCACAUGGUAAACACUACACAUGUAAAUGCUUUCAUCAUAGACUUUUAGAGAGAAACAAAAUAGUCUGGUCAUUCAUUUUUAUCAUUUGUAAAGCUACAAUACCCGUUUUUUUUAUUAUGUUUUUUACAAAUAUGGGAAUAUACCACAGCACUCAAUAGUGCUUUGAAACUUUCGGAUGGAUUUCUUUAUUAUUUCAUCACUUCUCUAAUGGAGCAAUUAUCACAAUGACUGUUAAAGCCAAUGAAAUCAUGCCAUAGAUACAGCACUCUGUACACAGCACAAACAUACACACGCACACACACACACUGAGAUACAUGUCUGUGUAAAAGUGUGUAUGUACUGUAUAAACAGACAUUUUGGCAUACCUGAGGCUUUUUUAAGAAACGUUUUUUGAAAGUAGAUAUAGCAUUUUUGCCUGCUUGAUCUUCAACUAGUAUAUAAGACACUGUGUAAAGUGCACACACAGGGGCAUUAAACAUGGUUUAGAUACAUCUAUACUAUACUAUAAACAACAAAUAUACUGUAUCUCAUCCCCUUUAUGUAGAGCUCAUAUGUAAACCAAAUUUCUUUAAAGGCAACACUGCAUGAGGAUAAGCUAAUGCUUAUUUUGUUAGAUAAGAAUCAGAUUUUGUUGUUUUUCUGAACCUAACCUCUUUAGGAGGCGCGUGUGAGUGUGUGUGAAAAACCUGACGGAGGACGCCUAGAUCUUUAAUUUAGCCAGAAAUUACACACACAAUGUAGUUGUUCAAAUAUCUGUAUGGCAUUUAAAACUAAUGAAGACAUUUGAGUCUUUGUUGAUCAUACGGCAGCCUCGUCCAGGUCUUCAUCAAGCCUCUGGAAUUUUCAAAUUGAGUUUAGGAAUGACUGUUUUUUUUUUUAGCUCUUGUUAUGCAUUGUAAGUACAAUCUGAUUGAUAAGAACAAACUGACAUGUAUUUCACCAACUCUCAGGAAACUUGAGAUUCAGUAUGUGUCCCUCAGCCCUCCGCUUUAGUCUGCGCUCCGAAUUUGUCCUCACAAGGCUAUUUUUCAGACUCCCUGUACCUGUCAGACUCGUCUCUUUCACUUCACGGAACAGCCUUGGGUCUGGAGCGGGACUGGUGGACUCCAGUCCAUCUAUGCCAAAAUCUGUCCAGCUUUUCUGGUUUUACUGGAAGUACUGGUGCACAAACUUAGCUAAAAAAAACCUCGGCUCCUGGAUGAGUGGAGCCUGUUGAACUGGCCUAUACAGGGUUUGUGAAACCGGAGGACUUGAGAAGAGGGAAGUUGUCUCUAAAAAUUGCGUGUUUCCUUUGCCAGGUUCAUAGGCGAAAUAUGCUGUUAUACAGCUGUCUGUAAGUAGUGUACAUUGAUUAUUGGGUGCAUUAGGGACUAUGUAUAUGAAACCAUGUGUUUUCUUACUUUUUUUUUUCUGCACGUUUACCUAACAGUUCAACUCAUUUACUGCAAAACGGGGAGGGACGGGGAGGGCAAAAUAACAUUGUGUCUAAAGCGUAACAUUCACUUGAACUUUUUUAUGAGAUAAACACUGAACUCAUGUACUCACCCAACAUCCGCCAUUUUACUGCUACCCCGUAGAGAAAUGACCACGGAACUUUAACCUGAAAGGCAUGUUGACGGUCUUUAAUCCUGCACCUGUGAGGAAAAUGUUUUUCAUUUUUUCCUUUUUUUAUUCUAUGUGAAAGAGGAGUUUUUGAAGCUCUCUCUCAUGGAAUUAAUGCGUUCAUUGCAUUUGUUAUGACAAAUAACAAAUUAAAAGGGGUCAGAAUGGGUUUAAAGUUUGGUAUGUGACAUGUAAAAGUUUGAUUUUGACAUUAAAACACCUUUAAACCGU